CAGUAAAUCAGGACACUAUAAAAAGAGCAUGAGGGUCUGUGGGGAUGACAGAGCAAGAGCUGGACACGAACAUCAGUGAAGAAUGAAUCCACCUCAGCAGGUAGACGGAGGACUCGCUGAGAAUGAGAUCAGUCAACAGCUCAGCAAUGAGGACAGAAGACAGAAUCCACCUCAGACAGACUCUCUGAGAGAUGAAGCUUCGACUGACAGCCAACAAUACUGCCAUCUGAGCUUCCCUGACAUCCACGCAGCACUGAGAGAGCUGACCGCCACCGUUACAGAGCAGAAAGCCAACAUCAGAGUUUUAGAGACACAGCUGAGAGAUGCACAGAAAACUGCAGAACAACAGACGGAAGAGCUGAACAAGAAAACUGAUGCCUUAGAGACGCGACUGAAGGAACAACAGACGGUCAUCCUGGAAGACCUGAACAAGAAAACUGAUGAAAUUUCUAAUCUUACUGAGAGUCAAGUGGAGGAGCUGAGAAAGGAAAAUAGAGACAGAGAGAUAGCAUUUUCAGCUUCACUGAUGGAGUCUGGAAACAGUGGAUAUAUCGGCCCUUUCAGCACUGAAAUCACACUAACCUACAGGAACGUCUUCACAAACAUAGGGAACGCCUACAACCCAAUUACAGGUAUUUUCACAGCUCCACUGAAAGGAGCGUACAUGUUCACCUUCUCUAUCUACGGUCAUGCUAGUCCCUCAACUGCAUCAACUGUCUUCAUUGUGAAGAACGGAGAGAAGGUGGUUGUAGCACAUGCUCAUCAGGCUCAGUACGCUGUAAACUCCUCAAAAGGAGUUGUGUUGAUUCUGGAGGUUGGAGAUGUCGUCUAUGUGAGACUUUGGUCUAAUAGAAGGAUAUUUGAUAGCCACGAUAACCACAACACUUUCAGUGGUUACCUACUGUUUCCCUUAAAAUAACAGGAGCUUAGCAGAGUGUGAUUCCAGUAAAACUGAACCUUUAGCAUAUGAUUUAACAUCAUGAAGAAUCAUUAACAUAUGAACCUGUAUUAAUGAUAGAUUACUGUAUGAAAGUCAGUAUAAUAUGCUAUAUUCAUAUGUCCAGAGCAGUCUAUACAUGUACACACUGCAUAAAGAGUUUCAGCACUGAGACAGACAGGACCCAUGAAUAUCAUGUGACUCAAAGUGAUUUUUUUAAAGUAGCAAAUCUAAAAUGAUAAAUAAUAGCUUUCGAAGUGUAGCUUGUUAUUAAUCCCUGACCUGUAUCUCUUCAUCCUACAUUAAUAAGAGAAUAAAGAGACAUCAUUGUUCCA